AUGUCCUCACCCCCUUCGACGUCUUCAUCCGAAUCCUCCACAUCGCCUUCGUCGAAUGCCACGUGCAAAGUUUGUGGGCUCUCGGCACACGGCCUGCAUUUUGGAGUGCUCUCGUGCAGAGCGUGUGCUGCGUUUUUCAGGUGAGCUCGUUUUGGGAGAAUUUUAAUGAAAAACCGAAUUGGAUUCAGAAGGACAGUGGUGAUGGGUCGUCAGAAGAAGUACAAAUGUCGCGGAGGACAGGACAAGUGCAUUGUGAGCAGUUCGGACAGAUAUCAAUGCAGAUUUUGUCGAUACAACAAGUGUGUGGAACUCGGAAUGACGCCAGAAAGUGAGUGGAACUAUGAUAUUACGAGUAUGGAGACGUGUUCCGAACAGACGUGCAGUGGAAUCGUGACUCGAUACCCACGAGCAGAAAACGGAAGGACGACACGCCGAUAAUACCCGCACAGGAACUGAAGUCUAUCGCCUACCCGGACGCCUCGUUGCUCGGAAAACCCCGAACUAUCAUGGACAUCUCGGCGCUUGCCAGCAAGAUCCGCGAGAUUCUCAACGAGAAAUCGCCGCUGGUCGAUGUGGCGACGAAGAAAAUGAACACGUUGGAGAUUGCGAAUCACGCGUUGAAAAAGUGGAGAAAUCAGCAGAAGUCAGAGGCAGAGAUGGAAGUUCUGCAGAAGUUGCCCGUCCGACAGAUGUUCGCCAUAUUCGAGAAGCAGAUGAUAGUCGUGGCGAGGUGGCUGAAACACUUUCCAGAUUUCCGAAAGCUCGAGCCUGAUGAGAGGGUAAAUGGUGGCAACUGGUGAUUUUGUUAAUGUUAAAUUCACCUUUUUUGUAGUACCAAUACUUUAAAGCCGUUUGGAACAUGUGGAGAAGGUUCGAGAGGUUUGAAAUGUCGGUCAAAAUGUUCGGAGACUCUGCGGUCAACAUGAGAGUGAGUUUGAGUCAAAUAGAAACAUCAAUAUUUCCAACAAAAAAAGAAGUUAAUUUAGAAGUUUGCAAUCUCAAACGAACAAAUGAUCACAAUAGAUUUCGAGAUUGACUUUUCUGAAAUAACAGACGUUCCGAGCAAUGAAGUUAAACAGUGAGUCCCUUUCUUCUGAAUAUAAUUACAAUUUCAAUGUAUAGAAUGUUCCGAGAAUCCAUGUACAAACUAUUCGACCAGGUUGCGAAACCAUUGCUGGAUCUGAGACCGUCCUCCAUCGAAAUGGCCUACAUGCUCUCGCAAAUGAGCUGGCAGAUUGCAGGUGAGUCCGUCUACCGUACUACUAAUAUCAAAGUAUCCUACUUGUCGUUCAGGUAAGCAAAUGCAAGGGAAAGUGAUUGAAAUGAGCGAAAGAGUGAGCGAUGAACUGGCGGAUAACCUCCAUACGUACUACCUGAAAGAGGAAAUGCGAUCCAACUACGCGGGCCGGUUGGUUCGGCUCAUGGGCGUCGUGAAUUCGGUCAAAAAGAUACACAUGGAACGGAGGAAAACGAUGGAAUUGGCCAGAAUCUUCGAGAUUUUCAAAGUGGAUUUCUCAGAGCCCGAUAUAUUUGACUGUUGA